CCAAACGCACAAAUGCACAAUAACUGAACUCUAAAGAGAGAGGGGCGAUGCAAACAAAGGGAUUGUCGACGUUUUCCCUCUCGAGCUCUCCGUCCUCUCCAGCUCACUGAUUUGUAAAUGCUCACAUAUCAAUCAUUUCUCUCCAGUUUCUCAUUCUCUCCCAAGCUUUUGCGAAGACGAUGGCUGUGAUUCAGCGAGGAAUUGGAGCAUACACAGCUCUGUUCUCCUCAAAUCCCUUCGAUUCGAGGGUAUUUCUCCUCCCAUCCCGCCGAUCUCAGUCAGAAAGAAAAGGAAGCUUCUUUGCGGUCAGAUCUGAUGGAAGGGUGAUCCCUUGUUCGAGUCUCCGAGUUCGAAAGGCUCAGCCAUUAAUUCCUAAUGCCGUUGCAACGAAGGCCGAGAGUUCGGCGGCUUCUACAGCGUCUAAACCUGGGCAUGAGAUUUUACUUUUUGAAGCACUUCGAGAAGGACUGGAGGAAGAAAUGGAUAGAGAUCCCCGUGUGUGCGUAGUGGGUGAAGAUGUGGGUCACUAUGGAGGCUCAUAUAAGGUGACAAAGGGCCUGGCUACAAAAUAUGGAGAUCUGAGGGUGCUUGACACCCCUAUCUGUGAGAACGCAUUCACUGGUAUGGCCAUUGGUUCUGCCAUGACUGGGCUCAGGCCUAUUGUUGAGGGAAUGAACAUGGGCUUUCUCCUUCUAGCUUUCAACCAGAUAUCUAACAAUUGUGGCAUGCUUCACUACACAUCUGGUGGCCAAUUCACCAUACCGGUUGUUAUUCGAGGACCUGGCGGAGUAGGAAAACAGCUGGGAGCUGAACAUUCACAACGCCUUGAAUCAUAUUUUCAAUCAAUCCCUGGAAUCCAAAUGGUGGCAUGCUCAACCCCGUAUAACGCAAAGGGCUUGAUGAAAGCUGCAAUCCGAAGUGAGAAUCCAGUGAUUCUUUUUGAGCAUGUCUUGCUCUACAACCUCAAAGAGAGGAUUCCAGAUGAAGAAUAUGUAUUAUCACUUGAGGAAGCUGAGAUGGUCAGGCCUGGAGAGCAUGUCACCAUCUUAACCUACUCUCGAAUGAGGUAUCAUGUGAUGCAGGCUGCCAAGACUUUGGUAAACAAGGGUUAUGACCCAGAAGUAAUUGAUAUAAGGUCAUUGAAACCGUUUGACCUUCAUACAAUUGGGAAUUCUGUGAAAAAGACGCAUCGCGUGCUCAUUGUGGAGGAGUGUAUGCGGACUGGUGGGAUUGGUGCUAGCUUGACUGCAGCAAUCAACGAAAACUUCAAUGAUUAUUUGGAUGCCCCGGUAGUAUGCUUGUCAUCACAGGAUGUGCCAACCCCAUACGCUGGGACAUUGGAAGAAUGGACUGUUGUUCAGCCUACCCAAAUUGUGGCAGCGGUUGAGCAGCUCUGCAUGUAGUGAGUGAUAUAGUAGUAGCAAUAGCAGUGGCAAUAGUAUUUUUUGCCCAAUAAUAUUUUCUUUUGCUGUUUUAGUUUUGAAAUUUUUAUUAAAUUAUUGUCAGGGAUUUGUGUAGUUGAAACUUGCAAAUGUUCAGAGUGUUGUGGCUUCUCCCUCGUGCGGUGUCUUUUAUUUAUCUGUUUAUUAUUUUAUUUUAUUUUUAAUUUUAAAUUGUAAACCUGAAUGUUAUUAGGAUCCUGUCAAUGCAUGAAAUAAUUGAUUAUCUGUCAA